UGUCUCUGGCUCAUGGUGAACAUCUGCCCUCCACCUUUCAGGAUGGCCUGGGACUCCCCAUGCAGCGGGGACUUACUGCGCCCCAAGAUAAGGAGUGCCUCAAGCCGGACGCGCAGCAGCCGGAGCAGCGCCAGAACACCGUCCCUGCAGGAGCUGCGGCGCCUGCUCUGGACACGCACACAUCCCACCGGGCACGUGGAUGAAGUCUGGCCAAACCUUUACGUGGGAGACCUGUAUGUUGCUCGUGACAAAGCACAGCUGAGCCGAAUGGGCAUCUCCCAUGUUGUGAAUGCCGCUGCUGGGCAAUUUCGCGUUGACACCGGACCCAAGUUCUACAAAGACCUGUCUGUGGAUUACUACGGAGUAGAAGCAGAGGACAACCCAAACUUUGAUCUCAGCAUUUACUUCUACCCAGUUGCUCGAUACAUAAGAGCAGCGCUGAAUUCCCCAAGAGGCAAAGUACUAGUUCACUGUGCAAUGGGAAUCAGUCGAUCUGCAACACUUGUCCUCGCUUUCUUAAUGAUCUGUGAAGAUAUGUCCCUCGCUGAUGCAAUUCAGACUGUGCGCGCUCACAGAGGGAUCUGCCCCAACUCUGGCUUCCUCAAGCAGCUUUGGGAAUUGGACCUCCAGUUAGGAAGGGGAAAAGGCAGGGGAGCAGAAGCCUGAUAGUGCUGAGGGGGCAUGUGUCCUGGCAUUGGACUGAGAGGUGCUGCCCUCACUAAAGACAGUGCAAGGAUGCUGUCAGGACUGCUCUGUAGCUGCACUGAGAAACCCCUUGGGAAAUGGCUGAGCAUGAGUGAGCUGGUAGGAGUUCAGUAUGUAUUUUUUGGAUAAGCCCACUAAUUGGAAAGAAAACAAAAUAAAGGAGGAUGCAACUAGCAGUUUUGCCCACCUGGGCCUGUUUAUUUAACUACCUGUUAGGCAGGGCAUAGGGAGCAGUUGGGGUUUCAUGUAGAAUUAAAAGCCAGCACAGUCAACUUGAAAAAAGACUUUUUACUUGCUUAUAAUUGCGUGUCGUGUUUUAACCACAGCUGGCAACUAAGCACCGCACAGCCGCUUGCUCACUCCCCCGUCUGGUGGGGUGGGGAAGAGAAUCGGAAGAGUGAGCAAGCUCAUGGGUUGAGAUAAAGACAGUUUAAUAGGUAAACAAAAGCCACACACACAGGCAAAGCAAAACAAGGAAUUCAUUCCCCACUUCCCACCGGCAGGCAGGUGUUCAGCCAUCUCCAGGAAAGCAGGGCUCCAUCAUGUGUAAUGGUGACUUGGGAAG